AAUGUUGUAUUGCAGUUAGUUUAUAGUAGUUGUGAGGAGGGUUUUAUUUGUUGUUGGGAAUUGGAGAGUGGAAAUUUAUUAAGAACAAUGGAGGAUGUAUUCGCGAUGAACACGAGUGUUGAGUUGGCCUAUACAGAUACAUUACUAUUGGGAUAUUGCUCGGAUGGCGGUCAUCUCUGGCUUUGGAAUAAAUUCAAUAAUAAACUCAUCACGAAAAUUACUUAUGCUUUGAGUGAUGACGAGAACAGUAGAGUAUAUGUUGACAAGAAGAGUUUUUUGGUUGUUGUGAAUAAUGAUUUGGUGGCGACGAGUUGCGGGGAUAGUGUACAGUUUUGGGAUAUUAAUUAUCGGGUGAUGAUUAGGAAGGUGCAGUUGUGUGGGUUGAUAGAUCGUUUGAUAGCGUUGGAUUCGAAAUCGAUUUUGUGCUGUAGUAUGAAUAAUUUGUAUCGAAUUGAUGUGCCUUUGAUGAGAUUUAAUUAA